AUGGAGGCGUUCAUCAGUGAGAUAGUGGAACCGCGUGUUCUUGAUCUCAUCGUUCUGAUACUGCCCAAAUGGAGACUGUUGCUAUACAUCUUUCUCAUGAAUGUAGUCAUUUUUACACCAGUGUACGCGUUCGGCGUGCUGUUAAUCAGCGACGAAGAGCUGACGCUUAUCUGUCCGUCGGCACUCCUAUGUGGUUUCAACCUCGUGUACCGUGCGGUGUUCCGCCGAUACAACCACAACAACACCCGCACGGCGCUGCUCGGCGUCUGUGUGCUCGUACUAGGAAUCUCAGCCAGCGGGGUGGUCGCCUUGUACGCCCGGAAACCGACCCCGCUCGUCUUGCUGCUGUACGGAGGCGUUGGCGGUUUCGGUUACCAACUGGUGUUUUCCAAGAUGUGGAAAGUGCUGGCGAAGGCGUUCAACGCGAAGAAGGAGAUGUUUGUGAUACAUUUUUUAUAUUCAUGCGGGCAGGCGGCAAGUGUGUUGCUAUUGGUGCUCGUCCUCCAACUACCGUGGGAAGACUACGUGUAUGGCGCGCUACUGAUGCUGCUGAGCGGGAUCGUGCUACACCUGCUCCCGAUCGUACUGCUGAUUGAGGGAGAGAAGAAUCGAUUAAAACUCAAUCUCGACUCGAUGGUGAACCUUACGGAGAAAGGCAACGAGCAGUUCUACGCGCACGUCACGCUAAAUGUUACGGAUCCACAGGCUGCUGUUUUUUCCACAGGGUGCCCUGCCGACCUGGCACGCUCAUUGUCAGUGUCGUGGAAAAAUCCCGCCAACUUUACGUGCCCAUCGGUACAGGUGGAUGAAACCGCAGUACAGCUGAACUGUGACGAACCCGAGCACGAGCACGUGCAGUUGUUUCCCCGUGAGGGCAAGUGCUUCAACCACGAUGGAGUCGAAAUUCUCGAGAUGAUUGUCGAAGAGGACGAGGGCGUGCUCCGCGCUUACAACGAUGACACCGGCGGCGAAAGUACAUCGCUAGUGCACGGCCAGGACCAGAGCGAUGGAGCAGUGGCAGCACCAGUUACUGGCAAGUGGAGCUUAUUCGCACGCCAGUUGGUCGAUGCGACCGUCCGGCCUCUCUACCGAAGCUUCGACCUUCGUCACGCGCUCAACCGACGGCUGAUUUUAUCCGUCCGUUGCACACUUCUUGAUAUUCGCUGCUACAGCUGUGUACUGCUUCGGGCCACCGACACCUGCCUCUUCGUGCUGUUCCUUGCCAUACUGCCCCGCUUUACCGCUUACCACUAUCAGCAGCGGACCAAAGCUCGCCAGAUGACGAUUCUUUCGGUAGUAGUAAUACCAACGUCCUGGUUUCUCUGUUCCCUUCUUCUGCUCUGGUGUGACAUCAAGUUCCGCAAACAGCAAGACCGGCUGCUCAUUUUCAGUAUAUUGUUCAAGGCGUUUGGUUACUUUUGCGGUUACUCGACCAAGUCGAGCUUCUGGACGUUCGCAGGUUGCAUGUUGAUCGGAUUCGGCCAGUCGAUCGCCUGCUCCUACCAGGAUUCGGUUGUCCGCCGCCAAUUCAGCCCGCGCCAGUGGCAAGCGACCAAAGCUGGCCUCUCCCUGCUCACUGGCCUUGCAAUACUGCUCAUCGCCGGGUUAGCAAAUGUGUUUUAUGUUUAUGGCCGCAUUGACCAGCUCCUGCUGGUAUUGCUGCUCGUUUACUGUGCUGCCGGUGCGUUAUGGCUUGCCUGCAAUUGUCGUACCUUCUUCAUCUGACACCUGCCAGCGAGACGCGGUUCGCGGUUCCUUUUUGCUAACGAUCUACCACAUCAUCAUUUAUCAUUAUUAUCCGGAAUCUACAACUGCCGAGAGG